AUUCAUGAUUUCUUAAAAUAACAACAUCAACAAAUCAAAAUUCCAAUAGUCUUCAUCGUCUUGGUUUUCCUGUUUUCCUGCAGUUUUCAAUGCAUUCUCGUAGAGUUAACAUCGAAACAUACUUUCCAGUCUAAAGAUCAACAUAAAGAAAAGUCUACAGCCAACUCAAUAUGGUAGAAUCCGAAAUUGAAACUCUUCCAGAUGAAGUGCUGGAAUUUAUAUUAUCCCUUAUUCCUCCCUACAGGGACUUGCACGAUUGUAUGCAGGUUUCAAAAAGGUGGAGACGGUGUGUCCUAAACGUUGUUAAAACAAAGCAGCGCAAUUUGUACCGUGCUAUAAACGAAUUUGACGUGAAAUGGGAGCGAAUAACCCCCCUAGAUAUGGCCCCCACAAUUUCCAAACGGUACUCCCACACGGCGGUGGUACACGAUAAUUCCAUGUAUGUGUUUGGGGGCUGUACCUGUGCCAUGACAACCUUCAAUGAUCUGUGGAGGCUGGAUCUAUCAAAGCGCCAGUGGAUUCGCCCCCUAGCUAUGGGGACCUAUCCAUCCCCCAAAGCUUGCAGCUCUCUCAUAAAGCAUGGAAACACAUUGAUACUUUUUGGUGGUUGGGCUUAUCCUCCCUCUUAUCCAUUGUAUCAGAGCUGGCAUCUAUUCAAUGAACUGCAUGUUUAUGAUGUUGUAGCUAAUAGAUGGACUUCUAUGACCACAGUUAAUACCCCACCCCCUGUGGCAGGACAUUCUGUGAGUGUUAUAGGGGAUUGGAUGAUUGUUUUUGGGGGGCUGCAAAAGCCUUGUAAUGCAGUCCAUUGUGAGAAGUCCAAUGAUAUUUGGAAGUUGCAUUUGAGUUCUUGGACUUGGUUCAAACAGGAAGUUGAAGGUGGUCCAAAGCCAAAUGGGAGGUUUGGUCAGACCCAGGUGGUGUUGGAUGAUGAGAAUUUGCUAAUUUUAGGGGGUUCAGGUGGCCCUACUUUUCAUUACUGUGAUGGGUGGCUUUUGAAAAUGAAAGGAGAGCUGUGGAAGUGGACCAAAAUAGAGAUCCUAGGCAAACAAAAUGAACCAUCUAAUAUUUGGAGUAAUCCAGGAUGCAAAAUGGGCGACAAAAUCGUGGUGCUGAACAGGAUACGCGAGCCGGAAGCCAGUCCGAUCGCGUACUACCCGAAGGCCACGUGGACGAUGAACGUCAACCGGAUGUCGCCGGAGGACGGCCGUCUGGCCCGGAUCGACCUGGCCGGCAGGCGGACCGACCGCGACGACAACGUCAACGGCAAGAGGGGCACGUUGAGGAACCAGAAGAGGGAGGCGGAGGAGGAGGAGGGCCACGUGGGGGCGCACAUCAAGAUCACCCCCUUGCCCGGCACUUCCGGCCUAAACAUGGCCGCCUUCCAAUCCAACGACCGUCGCCAAUCCGAGCACGCCGAGAAAAUGCGCGAAAAGCGCCUCGCGUGCCUCGUCAAAAACGAGGAAAUCCUCCUGCAAGCCUUCAAAAAGGAGAAGAAAACCCACCAUCUGGGUGUCUACGUGCUGGACAUCGCCGGCAUCUUGGAGCCCCCCCACAGAGCCACCUGGCUGCCUCCCAAAAACAUGAGGAACGGCCCCGAAGAGACCAUCCUGUAUACGUUGGUGGAGGGCAAGUCGGAGCUGGUCAUGUUCGGGGGCAUACAGAAAGACGCUAAUUCGUUGGGGCUGUCGAAGAAUUUGAGCAACCAGAUUUCCAAUAGUUUGCAUUUCGUGAUGGCGCCCAACUAUGUGAUUUGAGGAGGGGAUGUGGAGGGUGAUGCUCAAGGUCUAUCCAGGAAGAAAAAUCUAAAGUUUUAAAAUAACAUUGAAAAAACUGAAAUGUAACCAGCUUAUUAUGACAGGGAAUCAUUCAUUCACAUU